CAGUUACUGGUUUGCCAUAUCUAAGUCAGACACCAUCUGUAACAUUGGAAUCAGGAUCAGCUAGAGUCAUCUGGCAGGCAUGGAACACAAGCUCAGGGGACAGAGGAGUGGGACCAGUUAUUGCAUACAAAGUGUAUUACUCUCUGACAUCUCCAAUAUCCUGGAUUGCUGCUGGUACCAUUUCGGUGACAGACCCAUCUCAGAGCACGUACAGCUUCACAGUCCAACCACUGGAACCAAGCACUGAGUACAUGUUUAGCGUGGCUGCAGUGGGAGAAGGAACAGGAGAAGGGUCAAGGAGUCCGUCAGUUUCUGGAGAAACCCUUCCACUCCCUUCAACUACCACUGAGAGGACUACAUCAAGAGAAACUACCGUGACUGAGCCCAGCUCUUCAAACACAGCCGUCAUUGCAGUAAUCAUUGUGGUGGUUCUCGUCUUGGCUGCAGUAGCUGUAGGAUGUUUCAUUUGUUAUCUCCGUCGUCGACGGCGUCACGGAAAAAACGAAUCCGGUGCACAAUCCGGCGGAGCACAAGAACUGAAUACUUAUCAAAAUAAGAUUGCUUCAGACAUUGAAACAACUUCGUCACCUUAUGAGAGAGUUGGUCAUGGUGUUCCAUCGUCAUCAUAUGAAGUUCUUGAUGUUGGUCUAUCGUCAAAAUCAUCGACCUAUGAAGACGUUGGACUACCAUCUUGGGCGCAGCAGUGGGGUAUACAGUGGGAAGAUAUGAUCAUCAGCAAGACGGUCCUGGGCAGUGGGAACUUCGGGGAAGUUCUUGAAGGAGCAGUGGUGAUUGGAGGGAAAAUCUCAAAAGCUGCUGUCAAGAAACUGAAGGCGGCACAUGCGUCACCGGCUGACCAUCAGAACUUCACUGAGGAAUUUCGAAUUCUGACUAAAAUUGGACGUCAUCCGAAUAUUGUAAACCUUCUCGCCGCUUGUCAACAUGAAGAUGAUUUGUACGUGGCCGUGGAAUACCUGCCCAACGGUGAUUUGCGAACCUGCCUGAGAAAUGCCCGAUCCCAAGGAGACGGUGGCCAGACGUCUCUGUCUUCUGAAAAGCUGAUACAGUUUGCUCUGGACAUUGCCAAAGGAAUGCAACAUCUUGCUGCAUCGGGGGUGAUUCAUCGAGAUUUGGCGGCAAGAAACAUCCUCCUUAGCGACGAUCUGGUUGCUAAGGUUUCAGAUUUUGGUUUAUCCCGAGGAGAAGAUAUCUAUAUUCAGACAUCCAAGACUCGAGUUCCCACUCGCUGGCUUUCUCUGGAAUCGUUGCUGAGGCAGGUGUAUACGUCAAAGAGUGACGUGUGGUCCUUUGGAAUUCUUCUCUGGGAAAUAGCUACUCUCGGUGCCACUCCUUACGAAGAUAUCAAAUCGAAGGACCUACCUUCAAGAUUGGAAAAUGGAUACCGUAUGCCAAAACCAAGCAAUUGUGACGACGAACUCUACGGUCUGAUGAUGCAGUGUUGGCAGGAGGACCCGAAGGAGAGACCAGCAUUUAAGACAUUGGUUUCGAUUCUCAAAUCAAUAGCCGAAAACCAAAUUGAGAAGACCUACAUGCGACUGCUGCCAAAAUCAGAGGACUACAUGUACUUGAUGAUUCGGCCACAGCUCGAUGACAAUUGAUUGGAUUCAAGGUCGAAUGGUGCGCAUAGAUAAUAGCCGACAAGGGCUGCGUGCGUGGAUUUUAAACAGUGCAUAGAGAUUUAGGUCUUGAAAAUACAUGAUAAUCUUGUUACUUUAGAGAUGCAAGAGAUGCAGUGAAGACGACGCAUUCUUCUACAUUUUGGUAGUACCUCCUCCCGCUUGCAAUAGUUCUGUUCAUAUGCUGUCCGUUUGUUUGUUACUUCAGGGUGCAUCUGAACCGGCCACUGUUUAUCAUCUUCCAAUAUGAAAGAUCCUGGGUUUAGAUCAAGUUAACCUAAUUGCCAGGGUAAAUGCAUGUUGAUCCGUGAACAAAUAACUUUUACUAUACAGAAAAUAAGGGUUAGGACGAGAUAACUAAUAAAAUGUAAUCCUGCGACCUCCAAUUCUGUCAAUUUUGAACAGUGACUGCAUCCCUGGUAAUAAAUAAAAUGAACCUUUUAAUUUAACCGAAACAUCAUUUCAGUGGGGUGAGAGUGUCCUUUACACUGAAAUUUUCAACGUAAAAUUCUCCUCAGUUAACAAGUUAAUUGUGUACGUUUAUUGACUGUCUGCCUUGAUGAGCGCUUAUUAGUGAAAAUAUGAAUAUGCAUUAGUACCUUAGGGCCUGCCUCUCAUCAUGCAGUGUACGGCCUAUUAUGUUAAUUGGAUUGAUUUUUAGCGUAUGAUACUUCCAAUCAGACCGUAGCAGAAAAGUUUGAAAUAAUUUUGGGUUAUAUUUUAUAUAACACAUAAGGACUUUUGGGGCGGUUCUGGGUGCGGUUGGACUGUUAAACAAAUUGCAGUAUUAACUUGCUAUUUACGAACAGAUCUCUACAUGUAUUUACAAACUUUGGGAGUUGAGUUUAACCCGUAUAUUUAUGGAACUCUCUGCUACAUAAUUCAUAAGACGGUUAUUGUAUGAAAUGUACUUAUGUAGAUUGUUGCGCUCAGCAUUGUAAUCUUGCAGAAGUUGCAGUUACAAUGAAUACUUUCACUAUUUUAAGGCUCAAGUUGGGUUAUUUGGCAAAAUCUACCUAUUUUCAAUUGUAUAAUAUUUCAGGGCUCCCUUCAGUAGAGUUACAGUUCAACUUGACAAAAACCGAGUGCCAGACAAUAGUUCACAACCCAACUGUACGUGACCUCGUAGUCACCCUCCAAGCAUGGAGGAAGGACAGAGAAGGAGUUACAAGUGCCCACUGGCUUUAACAUCUGGUCAAUUACCGCUUUCUGUCAUGCCUGGUAUGUCCAUAGCCGAAGCGCAGCGAAUGCUACGCACC